AAGUUUUGCGGCGGGGCCGGGAGCGGGGCCGGGAUGGACGCGCUGAAGUCGGCAGGUCGCGCCCUGCUGCGGAGCCCCAGCGUCCACAAACCCUCCUGGGCCGGCGGCAGACACAAGAAGCUCCCGGAGAACUGGACUGACACCCGUGAGACGCUGCUGGAGGGGAUGCUCUUCAGCCUCAAGUACAUGGGCAUGACCCUGGUGGAGCAGCCCAAGGGAGAGGAGCUCUCUGCAGCUGCUGUCAAAAGGAUCGUUGCCACCGCUAAGGCGAGCGGAAAGAAGCUGCAGAAAGUGACGCUGAAAGUCUCCCCCCGGGGGAUUGUGCUGAACGACAGCGGCACCAAGGAGCUGAUCGAGAACGUCUCCAUAUACAGGAUCUCCUACUGCACCGCAGACAAGAUCCACGCUAAGGUCUUUGCCUACAUCGCCCAGAGCCAGCUGGGCGAGAGCCUGGAGUGCCAUGCCUUCCUCUGCCCCCGGCGCAAGACGGCUCAGGCAGUGACCCUCACCGUGGCCCAGGCCUUCAAAAUUGCCUUUGAGUUGUGGCAAGCAGCUAAAGAAGAGAAGGAGAAAAGGGAAAGGUCCAUCUUGGAAGGGGAGGAGAUGAGCAGCCCCAGCUCGGAAGGCCCUGCCCGCCCUGGUGCAUCAGCCCCCACAGGGAACUUGCUGGAUCUAGAAGAUGCUGCCAGGUCUCCCCUGCCCAGCAGCACAGGGUCCCCACACCUGGAUAACAGCAUGUUUGGGCCCAGCUCCUCUGUGAAUAACAACGUGGUGUGGGAGAUGGAGGAUGGCCUGGACGAGGCAUUCUCGAGAUUGGCUCAGUCAAGAACAAACCCUCAGGUCCUCGACACAGGACUGACAGCUCAAGACAUCCAGAGUGCAGAAGCUCUCUCUCCUGCCGGCUGGGGCAGGCUGGAUGCCGGCGCAGGGGAGAGGGAUGAGCUCUUCAUGUUCUGAGGUCAGCCCAGGAGCCGACAGAAGGACCAGCACUAGGAGCUGUGGACUGGGUCGUGCUGUUCCGGUGCUGCACUCAGGGGACUCUCCCGAGGGCUCUUCACCGAGUCAGGUGAUGCUGCAGCAGCAUCCUUUAGACCAAAGCUUUAGAAACCUAACGCAGACUUCUGCCCCUUGCUCUUACCUAACCCCCAGGACGCCCUGGAGCAUAUUUAUUCACUGUUUACAGAUGUUAUUGGCAGGACACCUACAGUGUUACGUGGCCAGAGGCCAUGGAAGAACCUUCAGCAGUGCCUGUUCCUCUCUGGAAACAAAGGAUGCAGCACCAAAGCCUCUCUGGGCCUUCCCCGGCCAAAGGGCUGCAGACCUAAGCACAACUGCUGCGGCUCCGCGGUCCUGGCUCCAGCACAGGUCACUGCCCGGGCAGAGGGAGGAGGUCUGCGGCAGCUGCCAACAGUGUGAGCCUGGGGUGGUGGCAGAGGCCCUGCUGUUGUGAGUGGCUGUGACACUCUCACGGCUGUCAGCCAGCCCCUGCUGGCCAGCUCCGGGUGGGAACUGACCCUUUCCUUUUGUACCCAAAGACUCUACCGUGAAGUUUUGCACUUGAACUGAAAGCCAAGGUCCGAAUUCUCAAGGGUCAGCAGUGCCUGGAGCUUCUCUUCAGGAGCUCUUUAACCCUACAAACCCACAAGUGAAACCCCAGCCCUGCCCCAGCCCUGCCAUGCUGCAGCUCUCUCUGAGCUGACCUCUCGGGGUGCGCCGUGGGCGAUGCACCUCCACGCCCUGCCUUGCACUGCCAGCCUGGAAAGCCAAACCUCCAGGGAGCACCAGUUUGGUUUGCUGCAGCCUGUGGAGGAAGCCUCCACAGCACUCUGGAUCUGUGUUCUCAGCCCUUGGCUGUGCAGGCCUCGUUCCUGGCCCCAGACCCUUUGGUUGUUGCUCGCUCGAUAGCCUCAGAUGGAAUUGGAUUAGGCAAGACCUGAUCUUCAUUAGCCCCUUCCAGCCAGACUCCCAUCCUCUUCCUCCCUCCUUCCCCACCCCCCUGUGACAGCCACAUCCCUGGUGAGGCUUGGGAAGCUGCCUUCAUCUGCUCCAGGAAUUGGAAGUAAGUGAUGGAGGUACAAAGCUUAAUGCUAAUGAAAGGAUUUAAGUGUAAUGAUCCUAAAUAGUCCACCCUGACAGUUUGCAGUGUUUGUGGCCUUAUGUGAAGUGUACUAAUCUGGUUUAUGGAUUGGUAACUUGCUUCUGAAACACUAAUUCAGUCCCCAGAUAGCUCUUUACAACUCUCUUUAAACUGCUUGCAGGGAAAAAAAGAAACCAAACCAAAAUCCCCAAUCCAGGAGGAAAAAAAAACUCAAACCCAACCUCUUUGGCAGCUGCAAGAACUUAUUAGGAAGCAGCUGAGUGACUCUGACUCAGAACUGACUUUAUUUGAUGGUUGGGUGUCCCCCCCAGGUAUGGACUGUGCUGAGGUGUGGAGGGCUUGGGAAGCUGCCUUGCUGUGUGUCCCAGUGCAGUCUGUGCCCUCUGUGCCCUGCCAAGUUGUGGUGAAAGCAGUUGGAGGUCUUUCAGGAGCUGCUGUGCCCAUGGCUGCCUCCCAUCAGCCUGCUGCUUGAAGAGGCUGAUGAGAGGGAAGGGAUUGAAGCCUGAGGAGGGCAGAUUGAGACUGGAGAUGAGGAAGAAAUGCUUUAAGGUGAGGGUGGGCACAGGUUGCCCAGGGAGGUUGUGGAUGUGCCCUCCCUGGAGGUGUUCCAGGUCAGGUUGGAUGAGGCUAGCAGGAGGUGACCCUGCCCAUGGAGCUGGAUGAGCUUUAAGGUCCCUUCCAACCCAACCCCUUCUAUGAAACUUCAUUCAAUGUUUGUUGGUGCUACAGAGCCACAGGGCAGAGACAGGAACCUGUUGCAUGAACCAUGCCAAAGCUGCUCGGGAGUGGUUGGAGCAAGCACCUUGUCCUGACCCAGGGGAGUGGGAAUCUUCCUGGGAAAGAACUUGGCUUAGGGAUGGUCCUUGAGGACUUCUCUGUCUGUUGAGCUUUCUCCUUCCCUAGAGGCUCUAGGAGCAGGCACUGACCUGUUUGUAGAGAGGUUCUGCAGAGGCCCUGAUGCUGUACAGCUCUGUGCUGAGGGAAAUAAAACUUCUGCCCUGGUUUUGGA